AUGCCACCGGAUGAAGACGAAGAUCCCGCAUCGCAGCCUUUCGAUGCAAGACUCAGAGGGCGGAUGCGCUACGACUACGCUCUCGGUUCUGGAUGCCUUGCCGCGGUGGUGCUUGCGCGAAUACAUGCCACACAGCUCGGUCAUCCACUCCCCGCAAGUCUAUCCGAUGCCCAGUGGAGAAUUACUGGGAGAAACAUCCUCUGGAGCAUGCCGAGAAUAUUGCUUGAUACGUUGGUGACUGGUAAUCUCGCCAGAAAAUACCACUGCGGGAACGACAUGCUGGUGGAACUCUUCGAUGACUCGGAAUGGGCACAUGAAGCGACGUUGAUAGCGCCCAUGGUGUACACUGUCAUACUCUCAACCACAGGCAUGGGGCCAGGUCGAGGCCUCUCCCCGACCCCUGACCAAUUGAGACUUGUGAUCGGGAUGCUGAGAGGUUACGUGUCUCAGCACCCAGAUACCUUUGACGUUGCCCUCCAAGUCGAUAAUGCCUUUGGUCGUGUCCAUUCCACUGAAAACGAUCUCUACCAAGGACAUCACCACUUCUUGACUGCCACAAAGAACGGAGUGCGAAAGCCUGAGGAAGAGCCGCUGAAGCAUGCCCUGCAAUACAUUGGUUAUGCCUUCAAUUACAGCGCCCGCGAGAAGGACCACAUGCGUGGAGGAUCUGCCUUUCUCAUGCACCUUGUCAAGCACGUUUGCCAGGUCCUGUAUCCCAGGGAGUUCAACCUUGAAACGUUCCCUCUGUGUUUCCUAGCCAAAGAGGACGAAGUAUGCCUUGCCGAACUCCUAUUGACGCAGCUGGCCGAUAGCUUCCAUACCACUGGCGGAGGUUUCAAUGCCCACCCUCCUGGUUUGAACAAUACCAGCGCAGAGAUGAAGGAUUGGGUGAAGGAAGAUUGGGAAGGGUUCUGGAGGGAUCGUAGAGAGACCAGAGUGGGAAUGGGCUUCUGGGAGCAGGCGAGAUGCGAGGAGAUGGAUGUUUUGGAGCGUGGCGGAAUGGGACCUUCGGAGGCAGCCUCCGAAGGGUCGAUGGGAACACAACAGGCCAUGCUCUCGGCUGUGCAGGCCGAGAGCAAGGAUCUCGAGAAUGCUUCUCGAGAUUUUGAUAGAGAGGCGAAGCAGGAGGAGGAGGCUGUUGUGCAUAGGCUUGAACGGAUUGCAGCACACGAGGCGCUGGAGGGUCCCGAAUAUGCGGAGGUGCGAGAGUGGAUGUUGAAAAGGUUGUGUUGACGACUACGCCUUGUAGUACGAGAAUGUAAUGUUAGCCUUAAACCCUUUGUAUUUGCCAUGAG